AUGGCUACCCAAGGUCACUCUCGAAAACCCUCCAGCCGGGCAGCUCUUCCACGCCGAACCACCAGAGGCCCAUUAGACGCAAUUGAGGAUCCAUUGUCCAUUUCAGGUUCACCGUCUUUGACUCCUUCGGCCUCUAUACAGGCAACAUUGCCAAAAAGGUCCCAAGAUGAAGCCAGUCAGCAUCUUAGCAACGCGUCACCAACUGGGCCGCUGCACACUUUGCCUAAUCAAUCGGCACCUUCGUCCAAACCACAGCAGGAAAUAGUGGAAGAGCCAGUGACCGAGGAGAGGGAUCUGUCUUUUUUGCUGGAUGCAUCUAUUUACCACCCCCUCUCCCAGCUUGAAGUCCCAGGCCCAUUCCGGAAGCCUUUUCUACCUCCGCCAACCAGCGAGACCCCAAUUGCACGCUCACUCGACCAGCUUGACAAUCUCCUGUCACAAUGUGAAUUCCUGCGAGCCGCCCACUUUGCAGGUAUGAUCUUGACAUCAGGUACGGUCAGGCCUACAGAUACAAGGACUGUAUUCAGGCUACUGGCGAUACGCUACUCCUGUCUUGAGCUAACAGGCAAUCUAUUGUUUGCUGCACAAGAGGCUAAAGCCUUGGAAGAUUUGAGCUCUGCUUUCUACUAUGAUGAUCUCAAUCCGCAAGGGGGAGCCGAUAAUGAUAACGAUCCAAUUCGCAAAGUCCCAAGGCACAUUAUGCCUUUCUCCUUGCGAUUGCAAAGCUUACGAUUGCAGAGCAUAGGCUUUUCAGAUUCUCGACGAGGUGUUUCAACCCUCUAUGAUACAGCUUCAGAAUGUAGGGAGAAUAUUACCUCUCCAGCUACAACUCUGGAGCAGCGGAAAUUAUGGGCAGCCCGUCUGCAAGAGGUAGCAAUUCGCGUGGUCAAUGCACUGGUGGAAAUCGGCGACCUGGACUGUGCCAUCCGAACUCUCAAGACAAUGAAGCCCACUAAACCCGAGGAUGCACCAACUUGGGAGGCUCGGAUGAUUUUGCUCCUUGUCAAAAUGGGGGAUGUCGCAAAAGCGGGUCAAAUUAUAAAGGCCUCCAACUUGCAACAUACCGAUCGAGUUGCUCUCGAGGCCUUGCUUGCCAUAGCACAGGGACAAUACCAAGAUGCUGAGGCACUGCUCAAGCCGGGACCAAACAUUGAAACUUCAUUGCAAGCUCUGGUCAAACAAAACCUCGCUGUGGCUUAUCUUUACAAUGGAGAAGUCCAGAAAGCAAAGGAAAUACUAGAGGAUUUGGUGCAAGAUGGCCACUCUUUCCAGACUCUUACGAUCAACCUUGCAACAAUAUAUGAUCUCAGCUCAGACAGAUCCCGCGAAUUGAAGGCGUCCCUGGUUUCCCGAAUUGCGUCGGAUGGCAACUCCAAUAAAGCACGAGCCUUUACUAAUGCUGAUUUCAAACUCUAA